AUGAUGCGGCGCUGCGUCUCAGCGUUGGCCCGCCGCCGGCGGCCGGAUCGCACGGUUGAUACUAUGAAGGCAGGAUUCCAAUGUUUGGUGAAUGUUUCCUCUUCAAUAAGAGCCACUGACAGCCAAAGGUGCUCAAGUACAUGUGCUACUUCCUGUGCUACCGAUCCAGAUGUUUUAUCGAGAGAAACAUCAUCAUCAUCAGAAAUGCUUGUUGAUUCAUUUGGGAGGUUCCACAAUUACUUGAGGAUCUCCUUGACUGAGCGCUGUAAUCUGAGGUGCCAUUACUGUAUGCCUGCUGAAGGAGUUGAACUAACACCAAAGUCAGAGCUUCUAUCACAUGAUGAGAUAAUUCGAAUCGCUGACCUUUUUGUUACCUCGGGUGUGAAUAAGAUCCGAUUAACUGGUGGAGAACCUACCAUACGAAAAGAUAUUGAAGAUAUUUGUUUGCAUCUUUCUGGUUUGAAGGGACUGAAAACUCUUGCAAUGACCACAAAUGGAAUUGUUCUUUCGAAGAAACUCCCAAAGUUGAAACAAUGUGGACUGAAUGCUUUAAAUAUAAGUUUAGAUACACUAGUACCUGCAAAGUUUGAGUUCAUGACAAGGCGUAAAGGGCACUCAAAGGUCUUGGAAUCAAUAGAUGCUGCUGUAGAACUUGGGUAUAGCCCUGUUAAGGUCAACUGUGUCAUCAUGCGUGGUAUAAAUGAUGAUGAGAUCUGCAAUUUUGUUGAAUGGACAAGACACAAGCCCAUCAAUGUUAGAUUUAUUGAGUUUAUGCCAUUUGAUGGUAAUGUUUGGAAUGUGAAGAAGCUAGUUCCUUAUGCAGAGAUGUUGGACAAAGUGCGGCAAAGUUAUAAAGGAGUAGAGAGACUUCAGGAUCACCCCACAGACACUGCAAAGAAUUUCAGGAUUGAUGGACAUGUUGGGACAAUUUCAUUUAUUACAUCAAUGACAGAACAUUUUUGUGCUGGCUGCAAUAGAUUACGGUUAUUGGCUGAUGGAAACUUCAAGGUGUGCUUAUUUGGCCCCUCAGAGGUGAGUUUGAGAGAACCCAUCCGUAAUGGUGUUGACGACGCUGGACUGAAGGAGAUAAUUGGUGCUGCGGUUAAAAGGAAGAAAGCUAAACAUGCUGGGAUGUUUGAUAUUGCCAAGACAGCAAAUAGACCCAUGAUUCAUAUAGGUGGCUGA